AUGACUUGCCAGACCUACAGCAUGUUUGUUCUGUCUGUCCUCAUGAUUUAUUUUGGACGUUUUGGAACUAGCUUAAAUCUUGCUGAACUUGAAGGCGAUAUAGACAAACUGAAAGCUGAUUUUAAUGCAAGUCUUUCAGAAGUAGCUGACGGCGGGUCUAUUUUUGUGGGGAAACUGACAAACUGGACAGAGAGAAAUGAAAAAAGGAUCAUCCUGAGCCAGAUUGUUUCCAUGUACUUGGAAAUGCUUGAAAAAACUGACACGUCAAAGAAGCACGUCAGGCACAUAUUUGAGGAGCUCCAUACUCUGAAAAGCAGCCUUCCUGAUGGCUUAAAUAAGAUGAAAGUCCUCAUUGACCUGACAAAGCUUCAGAUGAGUGAUUUUACAAUUCAGCGCAAAGCUGUGAAUGAGCUGUUUGGAGUCUUACAGAAACUGGUGGAGACUUCACCUUCUUUCAAAAGGAAAAGGAGCCAGCCUCAGAGGAGGUGCAAAUGCUAA